CAGAUUAUGUCCACAGUAAAGGGCUCAAGAUUGGGAUUUACGCUGAUGCUGGGGUAACAGAGUUAACUGACAGUUCGAAUUUGACAAAUUAUAGAUCAUCAAAGAUAACAUAUGUCAGUAAUUUGUAAAAUUUAUGAGAGCUGAUUAUUUAUUGUCCUAAAACCUCACUCAUCAUAACUAAUUCUGUAAUCCAACAUAUGUUAUCAAUAUCUUCUCUCUUUUUUUGAUUAGCAAAAAGAAAGGGUAUUAUUGAUGCAAAUAAAAGGAUUCCCUAGCUUGUAAAUUGUUCCAUUUAUGUAUUAUUGUUUUCAGGACAUUGACUUGUGACAAAAGGAUGCCUGGAUCACUUGGCUACGAGGAACAUGAUGCCAACACCUUUGCUUCAUGGGGAAUUGAUUAUUUGAAGUAUGACAAUUGCCACAAUAAUGGAUUGAGUCCACAAGAAAGAUAUUCGACAAUGAGUAAAGCUCUCCUUAAAACUGGACGACCCAUAUUCUUUUCCCUAUGUGAAUGGGGCCAAGAAAACCCAGUGACUUGGGCAGCUAGCAUAGGAAAUAGUUGGAGAACAAAUGGAGACAUUAAAAACACUUGGAAGAGGGCCAAUUGUUCCAAUUAAUGCAACGUUUACAAAGUACAACACCACAUUUCAUUCGUUGUAUCAAACCCAACAACGUUCAAUCUCCUGGAAUGUAUGAACAAGUACUUGUGCUGCAGCAGCUAAGAUGCUGCGGGGUCCUAGAAGUAGUUCGAAUAUCAAGAUCUGGCUUUCUUACCAGGAUGACUCAUCAAAAGUUGGCCA